AUGAGCCGCUGGGUAACGGUUAGUCCACUCACAGCCAAAAAUCGCACGUACUCCCACCACCACACCGAGUUUUCUCCCCCCGAGCAACUGACCGAGCAAAUCAAUAUGAGUUUUGUUUUGGUUGUUUGUUGUAUACCUUUGCGGUUGCCCGCCGCCGUCACCAAGACAGGCCGUUUCCGCCUAAACGGAAAAGCUUUGCCGAUACACAAAGGAUAUUCUUACAUCCCGACCCCACAGCAAACAGAAAAAAAUAAAAAUAAAAAACGUUUAAUUGAAUCUGACAAGCAGUCUGACAUUAGAAUAUUGGCAAAUUAUUUUGAAAAUAAUUUAAAAGUUUUACUAUGA